AUGAAGAUUUGUACAAAUUUAGCUUCGCUUUCAUUCGUCUUCGCCACUCCGGGGACAUUUCCGUGGAUCGAGGACAACGGGAUUGAUAUUCAACAGGGAUCGAGGGGAAUAAUAAAUUUGCCGAUUUAUGAGUACGAGUACGAAGAAGAUAAUUCAACUUCAAAUGAACGAGGAGCUAUUCAGCCUGAUGCGAAAUUGAACAAAAUGAUUGCCAAUGCAAGGGACUGGAUCGAGGCGUACGCAAAAGAUUAUCGAAAGAAAGAAAAACUCAUCAAAGUUGUGGACAAGAUCGAUGUCAAAUUCAACAACGCUCUCAAAGCAAAACUAUGCGCGUAUCCCGAAAACUCCCGAAGCUUGGGCGAGUUCGAACGAUUCGAAGACGACUACUACGAGUUUGAAAUCGAGGAAGCAAUGGAAGAGGAUUCUGACCCGACUGGCAGCGCGUUGAUUUUGGCGAGAGGGAAGAAAAAAAUUGACCCGAUUGAAAAGGCGUUGAAAUUCAAGAAAGGACUUGACAGAUGGAGAAACAACUACAUCAACCAAGACUGCGAAAAAGCUGUCCGCCUCCCCACUUUAUCCCAAAAACUCUACCUUACCUUCGAAACCGCAAUUAUUUCUCAAAAAUCAUCGAAAGCCGACUACCGACUCCACAAAAGACAACGCAAAUUAUCCGUCAUCGAGCCUUCUUUCUGA